AUGAAUGAUUGCAGUUCGACCGAGGAGAAGGGGGGCAAAACCGAAAGCGAAGGGAAAGGAGAAGAAGGAGAAAGAGAAGAAGAAGAAGAAGAAGAAGAAGCCUCGUGCAAGCGAGGAGAGGGAGAGGCGGCGGAGGAAAAGAAAAGAAAAGCCCUAGAAGGCUGGCCGGCGAUGCUGCUUGUCUGCGAACCGGGUCCCUGGAGGAUGAUUCCGAUCGUCCUAAGUAUAAUAAUAUAUAUAAAGACAGAGAAGAAGCUUGCUGGAAGAACAGUCCUUGGUCACCGGUACAUGGCUGGCAGCCCGGUGGAUGUGCCUGGGCCCGGAGUACCAGCGUACCAGCUACCAGACACUCUGGCACUCUGUACGGAGUACAUCAGACCAAGAUGCAUCGCGGUGGCAGCCAUAGAUGAUGAUGGCCAACAACAGGCACAACGGGUGAAACAGCCCUCCUCUUGUGCUGAGCCGGUGGAGCAUGCUAAGCGGAUCCGUCGAGGAGCCAUUGUCCAAGGAGAAGAGGAGGAAGACGAGGAGGGAGUCGCUUUGCCUUCCACAGGCGCAGAGGUCAGAGAUGUGUCCCAGGUCGAGUCCAUACCGAGAGACAGAGAGAGAUGUAUGUACUCUGUAGACGAGCAUCAUCAUCAUCAUCUCGAACUCUCACGAUAUAGCCUGGGAUGGGAGACCGUGGCGAGAGAACAGGCGUUGAUAUUGGGUUCCGGCGGGCCAAGGGUUGAAACCAGGGGUCGACUCUGCUGGAGGCAGCCAACCUCCCUCUCUCUGGUCUCUGGUUCGGCGAUUUCAAGGGCCGUGGCAGUGGCUGUAACAUAUUUAAGCUCUUCCUUUGCUGCUCGAGCUGUAUCAAACGCUGCCGUCGUCGUCGUGAGCUGCUACCAAAUAUUGCUAUAUGCAUACUCCGUGCUCCGUAUUUGCAACCCUGCGGCCGCUCACUCGCAGCAUGGCGUGUCUCCUCGUCUUAUCGUGGUCUUCUUCAUCGUGGUGUCUAUGCUGUCUAUGAUGUCUAUGAUGUCUCCUGGCCUGGCGGAGGUUGAGAAUGAACGGGAGCCAUCUCGUCCUCCCGGGGCUGCAGCCAGCACCGCCGUACAGGCAGCCAGCGUAAAGACGGCCCUCCUGCAUAAUCACAAGGGUCUCAUCAAUGCCUAUUUAUGGAGAGAUGCCGCGGGGAGAUGUUCUGUUGGCUCUUAUAUCAAAGAACCAGCAGCCACUCACUCCCCCAGACGCCGCAGCAACACCGUAGACGGCCUUGUUCCUCCAUCUCCAUCUCCAUCUCUGUCUCCAUCUCUCUCUCUCUCUGUCUCUCUCUGCAUGUACUCCACCGGCCCUCGUCUCUGCCUGAGCCCGCCUGAAAUCUGCGUCUUCGAGCUUGCUGCGCGCUCCAGGGCUGUUUCUGCGGGCGGCCUUCCUUGCUCCAGAAAAAAUUCCCACCCGGCGGCCUCCCUUGCAGCCUCCACCGUCAGUCACGUCGACAUCGCCAUCGCCAUCGCCAAAAAAAAAACAACAACCACCGCCCCAGCUGCGUCUUUCUCCCUCCAGCCGGCCAUGGACGGCGGCCUCGACACUCGCCCCAGACUCAGACUCAAGACUCCGACUCCGACUCAGAUACAGACGCCGCUGACCGUCGUCGACCGACCGACUCUCCUCCCUCCGCGGCCAGAACGAACCAAUGUCCCAGCGGCGCCGCUGUCUCUGCGUGGCUCCAGGAGGCCCUCUGCAGACACCCGCACGGCUAGCCAGGCGGCGGCGGCGGCAUCUCCAUCUCCAUCUCCUUCUCCAGCUUCGUCCGCCUCCUCUGUCUCCUCCUCGCCGUCGCCGUCGCUGUCUCCCGCCGUGCGGAAGGGUGCGUCGUCCACCCGCCUUCGACCCCUUCGACAGCACCAGCAUCACCAGCAGCAGUACCAGCACCAGCAGCAGUACCAACACCCGCCGGUUGGCCUGCGGAAGGCCUCCUAUGCGGCCUCGUUCACGGAGUCUCCUACGCAGAUACAGCCCGCAGACGGGGCCGGUCGUGGCCAUGGCUCGCCUGCUGCUACAGCUCCCGCUUCAGGUUCGGCGUCAGGAGGCCAGCCGUACCAGCACCAGCACCAGCAACAACGCUUCUACCAGCGGCCCUACUCGCCCCAGCCGCGACUGAAGCCGUCUCCAUCCAUGCCCAAUGUCCGGCAGCAGAAGAGCUACUCGCCGUUUCAGGCGGACAAGCCCUCCCCCAGACCGUCUCCCAUGGCCCUCUCGCCAAGUCGGCCAAACAACCACCGCUACUACACGCCGGAGCUGCACUUUGAUAUCCCGCCGCCCUCGCGGACCAGCCUGCAGUCCGCCAUGACCGUGGCCUCCAGCGUGGAGCAGACCAGCGGCACCGAGAGGAGCAGCGUCGUCACCAAGACCAGCUCGACCACGGAGCUGUCCCCCAAGAUCUCAGAGGAGGAGGGCCAGGGGGGGAAACAGGGAGACCACCGCGGCCAGGAGGACCAGUUGCAGCACAACAGCCAGGAGGAGGGCCAGGGUACACUCGGCUAUGGCGAUAUGAGUGUCGACGAUGCCAUAGAUAUGUACCUGGACGGCUUCGCAGACGACCCGUCUCCCGGCUCGCCUGCUAAGCGGAAGUCCGCUGCCCUCGUCCGGGCCCUGCUCAGCACUGGUGCCGGCGAGGAUGAUAACUACAAUAAUAAUAAUAAUAUUAAACCCGCCAGCACGCCCCCAGACACCCCCGAACCAGAGUCACUGACGCCGGGCAACUUCAACUCCGCCGACUUCAACUUCGACUUUGCUCCCAGCCAGCCUGCUGGUGAUAAAAGCCCUUCACCGCGGCCCCGGACAGCUCUCCCUUCGCCCUCUGCCUCUCCUCCUCCUCCUCCUCCUCCUCCCGAUACUGCUGCUGCUGCUACUACUACUACUUCAACAGACAUGCAGCCCCCGCAGAAACAGCUACAACCACCCUUCAUCGACUUGUCCAUCAGCUCUGAGCCGCCGCCGCUGCUCAAGCCGACCAAGACCCGGGACCAAUAUGGCUUUCGAAAAGCAACCACCCACGUGACCGUCGAGCAGUACGACUCCUGGUAUCAAUCCUAUGCCGAAUACCAGAAGAUCCGGAGCGAGAAGUGGUAUGCGCUGCUCAAGGCGAGCGGCAUCGACGAGGCAGUGCCCACGACGUUCCCCAUCCGGUCUGCAAAGCUGAAAAAGUACAUCCGCAAGGGCAUCCCGCCAGAGUGCCGUGGAGCGGCCUGGUUCUGGUACGCCGGCGGAUACGACUACAUACGGCGCAACCCGGGCCUGUACAGACGCCUCGUCGAGACGGCCCUCCGCAGCCCCAUGAACGACGACAAGGAACACAUUGAGCGGGAUCUCCAUCGAACGUUCCCAGACAACGUCCACUACAAGCCAGAUUCCUCCGAGGACGCCGGCGCCUCCAGCGGCAGCGGCAGCAGCAAUCUCAAACACAGCUCAUCUUCGCCAGACACCCCCAUCAUCCAGUCCCUUCGCCGUGUACUAUAUGCAUUUUCCCUACAUAAUUCUAAUAUCGGAUAUACCCAGUCGCUCAACUUCAUCGCCGGAUUCCUCAUCCUCUUCUUGCCCGAGGAAAAGGCCUUCUGGCUCCUCCACAUCAUCACCUCCUCCUUCUUCCCGGGCACACACGAAAUCAGCCUCGAAGGCGCCAACGCAGACCUCUGGAUCCUCAUGGUCGCCCUCAAGGAAUCCCUCCCAUCCGUCUACACAAAAGUCGUCAGCACUGCCCCUACAACCUCCAGAUCAAAACCUCCCAACCUAAGUACCGCCACCCGGCUGCCGGAUAUCACCCUGGGCCUCACAAACUGGCUCAUGUCCAUGUUCAUCAGCACUCUGCCCUUCGAAACAACCCUACGCGUCUGGGACGUGUUAUUCUACGAGGGCUCCCGUACUUUCUUCCGCGUUGCCCUCUCCAUCUUCCGCAUGAACCAGAAACAAAUCGUCUCCCUCGGCGAUCCCAUGGAGAUCUUCCAGGUCGUCCAGACCGCUCCCAAGCGCAUGAUCGACCCCAACGAGCUCAUGAUGGACUGUUUCGCUCGCCGCUUCAAACUGUCCCAGGCUCGCGUGGAGACUCUACGCCAGGCUCGAAGAGCCGCUAUCCGAGAGGGCAAGGAUCGGCUAUCUCAAUUGGCUGGACCAAGGAAGUUCAAGACCGAUCCUAGCGGCAGGCCGAGUACGGGUGCCAACAGCUCUUCCCCCAGCGCAUGGAGGAGCUUCAAAAGCUUCAAACAGUGA